AGUAGGACAGUGAGGACCGUUGAGUGUGGAAGGAUUUUUUGUGUUCGUUUUUACGUGAAAGGGGGUUGAUUUGCCUUCUUCUUUUUGGUGGGCUCCCAUAUAAUACAAGAAGAUCCCCUUUUUUCACCAUUCAGCCAUCUCCGCGCGUUUUCGUCGCACAUGAAGGAAACUUAUGUAACAAUCAAUAAGUCUGCAAAAGCGAGUCACAAAAUUCCGUGUGGUGCACCCUUUGUGAGUUGUCCACGGAAGAGGCUGAGGGUGUGUUUUUUUGUUGCGAAGAAAGUGCGAUAAACCAUUUGCGUGCUUUUGCCCCCGAAGAAAGGGAAAUAAUAAAAGCGAACCUUUUUCUAUAUAUACAAAAUAUAUAUACUUGUAUUACAUUCUUCAUAUAACAUUCUUCUGCCAGAGUACUUCCCGCAGUGAAGUUUUGACCAAGAAAACGUGAAUUGAGGAAGACGAAGAAAGUCGUUGUGAAAUUUGAGAGAGGAAAAAAAAACGGACGAAGGCGCUAAAAUACAUUGCUGAGAUGUUCUCAAUGUGCUCGAAAGCUCUUCCAAAUACACCAACAAUUAGGACGAAAGUUGAUAGGACGGAAGUAACCACCAAUUAUGAUAAUAAUAAAGAGCAAUACGCUUCGACCGCGGGGAAACAAAUAAAAGGUGGAUAUUUGCUGAGAUACAAGAGACAAUUGCUGUGGAAUCGAUGGGAGGAAGAGUGGGUGGUACUCUAUGAUGAUUCAACAAUGGCCUGGUUCACUGAGCCAGGACGGUCCUCGCCUGCGGGUAAAAUUCUUGUGAAGGAAGCCCCGGAAAUGCUCGCCAUUGCCCACUGGACAGGACAAAUACCGAGAAGACCGCCACUACCCAGCAACUGUACUGUUUCGCAACUAAUUGCACUUGGAUCGCGACGCAAAAAGUCGAAAGUUUAUUGGAUGUUGGCAAAAUCGGAAGAGGAAGUUGGUGAAUGGAUUUCUGCAAUUUCGAAAACGCUUCCGCCUCCGCCGCAAAUUGAAUUAAUUGUUGAUAAACCCAACCUAAUAGGCGUCCUAAGGCGUCCACUCGUGCGAAUUAGACCUGCAACAAGUUCAGAGAUAUUUGCGAGGAAGACAAUGAAUGAGGGUGGUGUGCGUAAUCCAGCACUAAGCAACGAUGCAGCCGUAGCUAUCCUGAAGAAAGGAAGUGGAAAUCAGAAUGAUUCAUCUUCACGUGGAUCGUUGGCAUGUGUUCUGCCAUGGGGACACGGCUGGGGUUGGUCAACACUCCCCAAUGGGGUUUGGAGUGGAGAACUCACAUGGUCACAAUGUGAGGACUCCUUCACACUCCACGCUCUCCCCACGAAUCACUGCACGAAUUAUGUGGACACUUCCGUUGCUGGCAUCUAUCACACGGACAUGGAGACGGGGAUAGAUUUUCAUUCGACAGGCGUAGAGGAGAUGGGCGUCGAGGAUUUCGACUACACCAUGGAUUGUGGAGAUUUUCUCUUCUAAAUCCACCAGGCUCGUCCCGAAAAUGGGAUUUAAAGGUACAUACAAUAUAUUCCCAUAUAUACACACAAGAAGCGUAUUAUACUAGCCAAAUGUUAGAUCACCAGUGAGAAAGCGCAUUAUUCUCCCCUCUACUAUAAAUGAAUCACCCUCCGUAGAUCAAUCGUCUCAUGUUAGAUUUUAAUCAAGGAUGAGCAAGAUGGAGUACUUGGUAGGACAUUUAUUGACAAAAUGUGUGUGUAUAACAUUGUAGAGCAAUUUUAAAUGGAGCAGUUAGAGCCCUUUUUCAAUCUUCCAUGUAGACUCUGCAUCCCCACGUGGAUAUGCGAGUCUUUUCGAAAAGAGAAUUUAUUUUCAAGAAAAAAAAAGAAAUUUUAAAAUGAAAGAAACAUUUUUUGAUGAUAGCGACCGAAACGAAAAGUGCGUACAUGAGAACAUUUUCUUCAAAAGUUUUUUAGAGAGAAAGAAGAUACCUUCAAGGUGGUUUAAAUCGGACAUUUUUCGUGUACCUUUAUAGAAUAAAUGAUAUAUAAGACUUUUUUUUCUAAAGCACAAAAGAAUGUCCAUUGUGGUCUUCUCAUGGAAUAAAAAUCGCUGGGAAAAUGAAGAGUUUGAAAAAUAUUAUGAAGGAAAUGUCGCAACCGCCAGAAAAUUCAUUUAUGACUGAAAAUUUGUAUUGGAAUAUUUACUUAAAAAAAAAUACCUUUACAGUUGUUUUUCUAUUUUUAUACGCUAACAAAAAUAUUUUUUAGAGAGAAAACAAAAUACAUUGACUCACAUUAGAUGCGAAAAGGGAGAUAUUUUCAGAACAGUAGCAAAUUGCAUCCCGGAAACUAAGAUUAAAAUAAUAUGGUAUGUAUAAUAUACAUUUUAGUGCAAAAAAAAGAAGUCAGAAAAAAUGAAAUAAAAAAAGAGGUUUAGACGUGAAACCCGCCAAAAAAUAUUCUUCAGUGUAAUACCAAGUUUUUGAGCAAAUAUUAAUCCACCUACGAUAAUGUACAGAUUGCUCUAUAAAUUUUUAUAUUUUGAUUUAUUAUUUUCCUUAUUCGUUUAUCUUAUUACGAAUUUUAUAUUUUUAUUAAUUUUCAUCUUAUUAGUUGGUGUUCCACUUCGUGGCCAACACCAAGUAUUGUAAUCGUCGGAAAAACCGACCACCUCAGAUCGGGCUCAAACUUGGUAUGAGCACGUUUCAGACAACCCACAUUCCAAAAAUGGUGGUGGAAAAUUUUUGAUCCGGCCGGCCGGCCUGCCGGCCCGGACUCCACAUUUUGCCUUAUAACUCAAGAGUGGUAACCGAUAGAGACUUCCGGUUUGAAGUUUUCUAUAGAAAUGUGGGUGUAAAAUUUCAUUUUUUCGCAUUUUCAAAAUCCAAGAUGGCCGCCGUCCGCCAUUUUGAACUACUGUCAACCA